GUAGUGUAUCACGAGAUCAACCAUCCAUCGCGUAUCGUUGCCCUUCGCUUUACUUUAUAUUUUUUCAAAAUUCUGCUGCUUUUUUUGUGUUAUAUUCAUCACAGACUUGCACGAGUUAUUAUCAAACAUAACUACGUUGAUUUUUAACUCCCAGGAGUUCGUUAAGUAGAGUUCAAGACGUGAAUUAAAUUUUGAAAAUGUCUUCAAGAAAAAAGGUUCUGUUGAAAGUGAUAAUCCUGGGAGAUAGUGGGGUCGGUAAGACAUCCUUGAUGAACCAGUAUGUAAAUAAGAAAUUUAGUAAUCAGUACAAAGCAACUAUUGGUGCGGAUUUCUUAACAAAGGAAGUAAUGGUUGACGAUAGGCUUGUUACCAUGCAGAUUUGGGACACAGCUGGACAAGAGAGAUUCCAAAGUCUGGGUGUAGCAUUCUACCGCGGUGCAGAUUGCUGUGUCCUAGUAUUUGACGUAACUCAACCAGGAUCAUUCAAGACUCUAGACAGUUGGCGUGACGAGUUUCUUAUCCAAGCUAGCCCUAGAGAUCCUGAGAACUUUCCGUUUGUGGUGUUAGGAAAUAAAGUUGAUUUGGAAAACAGAGCAGUGUCUGCUAAGAGAGCGCAAGGUUGGUGUCAAGCAAAGAACAACAUACCGUACUUUGAGACGAGCGCCAAAGAAGCAAUUAAUGUAGAACAAGCAUUUCAGACCAUUGCAAAGAAUGCGCUAGCUCAGGAAACAGAAGUGGAGUUAUAUAAUGAUUUCCCAGAUCAAAUCCACCUUGACAACAAUACAAGUAAACCAAAAGAUGGCUGCGGUUGCUAAGGAUGUAUCAGAAUAAGUAAUUCAUAAUAAAAUAUAAGAUGAGAAUCUUAUUUAUUUGAAAUUCUCUGAACUUUCAUGUAUUGAUCAACCACUCAUUUAUUUUGGAUUGUUUAUAAAAUUGAAUAUAAACAUUCUUCACCUCCGGUUUGCACAUGUGCAUGUUUAACUGAUUUCCCCUUAUGAUUUUUCAAUUAUAAAUUUAUUCUGCUUCAUUAUUUCUCUGUUUUUUAAAAACUUCUAACAACACAGCCUUGAAAACAACUGUUCAAAUCAUUAGAAUGAAUAGAAUUCAAAUUGUAGUGUAAUCGAUUACAGUAACUUUGUAUUCUUUAAUUUGAAAAAUAAAUGCAGUUGAAAUUAAGGCA